UGAUGACUGACCACCAUGCAUGAAGAACGAACUAUAUUUGUAAGGGCCAGUAGCCCUACUAUGUUCGGAUCAAGUAGUCGCUGUUUGUAACGAAACUGAUAUAGUCGCUCAGUAGAGGUUCAAUUGUUGUAAAUUCCUAAGCCAUAGCAAACUCAGUAAACACUAUUUGGCCGCUUACGCACGCAGUGCGCUCGAAAAAAAAAGUGCGUAGUUUCACACGCGUAUUUUGUCAUAGAGAUCAACUGGACGUGUUCCUUGAAGUGUAGUGUAAUAAUGUCCUCGUCAAUCAAAAAUUAAUAAAAGGAAACUAUUUUUCAUUGUUAAAACAGUUAUCGAUCACAGUCAUGCUCCAAUUUAUGAUCUCUCUUUUUACCACGCCUGAGGCAUCAAAUCUUGAAUCGGAUCGGAAGGGGGUAUGGGAUGAUUAUAAAUUUUUAUGGCCCACGUUUCGACUGUUGUAAACAAUUUGAUCCGUGAAUGAAAAUUUAAUCAGCGACCCUGGCUAUUCACAGAAUGACUAUUUUAAGAAGCUUUUGUAAAGAAAGUAUCUCGAUUCAAUUUUUAAUUAGCAGGUGUAGUUGACUCGGCUACGUGCCGCUUUUUUUCUUCAGUUGCCGAUUAAUAUGAGAUUGUCUUUUCUUUUUCUUAUAAACAUGAGCUAAAAGAGAACUGACGAAAAACUACAAAACUGUAAACCGCCGGCAGCUUCACCAGCUUCGACCCUCGAAAACCACUACACCAUACACUCGAAACUACGGACAAUGACACCGGUCCUGGUCCACCGAUAUUACACGCGAGACUUAGUUGUAGUAAAUUGCAGGUUCUAAUAGAAACUUCAACUGAACGAGGAUGAAUAAGUUAAAAAUUUAGGCGAUACGCGAUCACUUUGAACACUUGGUCGACUAGCUCUUCUGUUUAGCUUCGGUUAGUUUAUCCUAACAUUCGUUCGAAACAAUCUUGAAAUACAGAGAAGAGCUAAGUAGCCUCGAUAACUUAAAAGAGACGGCGAGAAGGAAAUUAAUCUAGACGUUGGUGUGUGAAUUUGAGAAUGGAAAGAAGCGUGAGUUAAGCCUCUUUAAGACGAUGAGUCAGAUUACAGCAAGGCGGCGUUUUUUCGCAAAGGGCGCAAACCUUAGGAAUGGCUACUACAAAACGUGUCAACUUCACUUGGUGAUGAAAUAAAUAAUCGGAGAUAAUCUUUCGAAACUGCCAUGAUGCCAAGUAGAAAGAAACAUUGCGUGAAUAAGACUUCCUUGAACUCAGUUGGUGGCCCCGAACAGUCGUGCUAAGAUGUAAGCAAGACGCCAUAGCGAACCAUGCUUAGUCGACUUGGGCGGUUCUGUUAAAACCCGCAGCCUCCACGGAACUUAUGCGCAUGCGUGUAUUUCUGAGCGCUUUCGGCAGGAGUCACGAAAUUUGAUGUCAAUAAAGGCCCAAAACUUCCACCUGCAGUUUUUGGCGUCGUUGUUUGUUCAAAUUAGACAACAGAAAUAAUAGCAAGGGCUUUUGUGUCAUCUACAAGCCCCGUGUUUUGUCUCGAAAAUGAAAAGCUACUUGGAAUUGAGUAAGUUUCGCUUCUCAUAAGGAGGGGUCUGAAAUAGCAGGGGACUAUCGUUAUCGGACAAUCUUGAAUUCAUCGCUUUAUUGAGGUUCAAAGGAGUUUUGGCUAACGGAAAAUUCGAUAGAUUUUUUAAGUGACUUUAUUCCUGUUUUAUAACAUCGACAGGUUGUAAAACAUCUAUUUUAAUUCUCUAUUUCGAUUUUUCAUUGGUCAGAAAGGAACGAUUUUCAGCUAUUUGUUGCACUUAAAUCUUUUCAGUCUUACUUCUUAGGCGCAGACAUCGCUCAUCUUUUUUUCAAGAAAAAAUGUUGCAUCAGCGUAUUUUCAACAAGCCUUCACUGACAAAGAAAUUGUUUUAAUAUUGGUAAACACGAGCAGGAUGAGGGGAAUAUAAUUAGCACGCAAGGAAAAAAUAAUUCGAAGGACACCUCAAGCCGAUUUCAUGAGCACAAAAGUAAGAAUAUUUCGGAUUUUAACCCAAAAACAACUGCCAUUGUGCCAAUUUUUGCUGCAUCAUUGCAAUUUUUUUUUUCCUUUUCUGAUACAUGACACGGUCGUAAUAAAUUCACAAACCGCAAAUGUAAAGAAAAGGGAGAAUAAAAUAACAGCGUCAUGAAUAGAUAAUGAAUUAUUUAUCGCAGUUUCUUUGUUUAGUGGUGUUCAGUCUGGCGCUGUUGGUCGUCAAUAAAAUAAAUACGUCUUGAAAGAGCGGUCACACGAAAGUCAAAAAUUUCCCUUUUACCCUCAAGGGAAUAUUCCUUGACAUGAAAAUAUUGCCUAAUACAACAGUAAAUACCAGCGGCGACCAUUAGAAUUUCAAUCUUCAUAAAAUGCCUCAGGACUAGAACAUUGAUUCCGUUUGAUGUUGAAUGGAACUUAACCGCAAAACAUUCCCAGCUAGGGUAGGGCUGAGCGUUUUUCAAGACCCCUUUCUUCAUUUUGACACCUAGAUAGGAAAUUUAGUAUUUUGAACCCCAGUGUUAAUAUUUUCUGAAAAUGCUAGAUGAAGAAGUAAAUUAAGUGGAAGUAAUUCCGGCGUGGAAUUUAAACAUCACGAGGACCUCGAUGUGUCCUUCUCCCCUCCCGUGUAAAGAUCAGCUCACAUACCAGACGGAACAUCAGAAUGAGGCUUCCGGCCAAUCGUCUGGGACAAAGUUGAUAUGUAGGCAGUCUGAGUCUUGAACAUUUCUCGCCGGAGGCACGAUCGGUUUAGGUUAAUGUAUUUGGGUCGUGCUAUGUUUCAUCAAAGGCGACCUAGUCGUUUCGAGGCUUUCACUUUCACAAGAUGAACACACAGGAUACGCGAAAUCAACAGAUGUUCAAAAUUCGUCGAACUACCUUAGGAUUUGGUGUUGUUCAAAUCCUUCUAGGCGCCUCAUUAACUGCGUUGUCUUUCACAGCUUUCGCCCUCACUUCUUCGGAUAGAAUCCGAAACGCUUGUCCUUACUGGGCUGGAUUUGCGGUUUUUUGGAGCGGAGGUGUAGGUAUAAUUGCUUGGAAGCAUUCGUCUGUGAUGUCGAUGAGUUUGUUCACAUUCUUCUCAGCGGUAUGUGUGGUUCUGCAGAUGAUAGGUACAAUUCUUACAGGAGACGCCGGAGGCUUGCUCAGAUCACUUGUCAUGUGUGAAAAAGAAAUCUCGGGGCCUGGGUGCAAGUGCUGUGCCUCUGUUAUGGGUUGCCAUGAAGGUGUGGGAGUAGUGGAAUUUGAGGGCGUGCACGACUGCAGCGUGAUAACAGGACUACUUACUGGGUUGUUAUAUGGACUUUGUGUUUUAACUAUCUUCGGGAGCUUACUAUGCUUUAUUGCAACUAUCUUGGGAUGUACUGCAGUGGCACGUCAAACAAGUAGAAAUCAGGGACUUUGUAGUCGGUACAGUUCCAGGAGGUCCCAUGCUAGUAGGAGCCCAGAGAGCUACACUUGGGCUGAUUGUUCGACAGACCUUACAAUGUUGCCGCCCUACGCUCCACCAGUAUAUCACUCCGUUGAUAAUUUUCAAGAAUAUGGUCUGUCGUCAUGCAUAGUCCCGCCUCCAGUGUUUGACCCAACUGACUUACCUCCACCUUACUCAUCACAGAACCCUUCCAUAGCCGAAUCUCGCAACUCCUUGACUUCUCCGGAGUCAUCAAACAACCUACCACAGUCUUCUGAAACGGACGUACAUUUUCAGCCUAUGCGCUCGAGCCAUCAGGCGGGAAAUUACAACGAGGAGCUCAGGGCCUCUGCUAGAGAAGAAUGCAACCUCCACGAUAGAGGUGCGCCUUGGGAUGGUCACCUCAAUGCUAUGUCUGACAGUAGUGACCUCACAGCUAGCGCUUCGUCCGAUUUGUCAAGCAAUUGCAAUAGAAGCUUUUCCGACCAGCAAACGAAUGCCAACGACACUGAUAUGUACAAGACAGUUCUUAUUGGAGCCACGCCUUUACUUAAUCAUCCCGCAAAGUCGAGAAUACAAGCGGAGUUCUCAGAACUAGAUGAAGCUUCCCCAGGCUCAAGGAGGCGAACAUCGUCGCUACAGGAGACAUUAACUAAAGAAAGUACUCACACUCGCAAUGUACCGGCGGUUUCUAGAUCUCCUGCCCGAGGUACUCCUCUCUUAUCCCUGCGCACGCGUAGUAGAUCUUUAGGUGAAAACGCUAUCUAUGUGAAUUCAUUUGAGGUCAUGGCUCGACCUCCACCCAACGUGCGACUGCCAGCUGAUGAACAGCUCAAAACGAGUAAUACUGCUGGGCACGUCACCACUAGGAACACCCAUCGACGUACAAGAAAAGGAAUGACACUCAAAGGUGAUUCGUCGAAAGAUCACAACAGCAAUCGCAGCGAGCAGAGGAAGGAAAAGGUGAAAAAAAGACGACGAAGACAUUCGCAUAGCAUUUCGAGACACAAGGAGAGAUGGAAUGCUAACUGUGAAUCGCUAAACUCGCAAGUGAAUCGUGGGAACGACGAUUCAGUUACGCCGGGCAAAGAAACGGUAGUAUGAAGAAAUGUGUUAGUGCCUGAGGACUAGAUUAUAGAGGGUGGGUUGGGUAGGGGGAAGACCGAAAGAAAAUGACAGGGGUGAUCUUGGUAGCUGAAUGGGGAAAGAGUGUGGAUUGGAACCAGCAAUAGACUUAGGAACAAAAAAUUAGUCAUUGAAUAUCGUUUUUCCCUGUUUCCGAAGGUACUUUUCUCCAUUAUUGAUCUAGCCAUAACUCCCUUCUCUUCCCUUCCCUUCCCUCUUCUCUUUUUUCCACUGUCGUUCUACCCAUAGCUCCCUUCUCCGCUCCCCUCUAUUUUCCACUGUUGUCGCAGCCAUAGCUUCCUUCUUCCCCUCCCCUCCUUUCUUUUGACCGUUUUUGUUCUAUCCAUAGCUUCCUACCUCUUCCCCCUCCCCUUUCUUGAAACUAUUCCUCUCCCUUCUGUUGAAUUAUUAAAGGCUGAAAACAUAAGCAUUAAGAUUUUUUUUUUUUUUUUUUGAAUGGUCUGGGGUACUUUUCGUUGGUGCCAAUAGGAAGUAAUCAAGGAGUAAUGAGAAGGAUGUUACCUUCCAAGGGUUGGAAACCAAAUGAAUCACGCGCUCUGAAACCCAAAUUAGGGGCAGUUUGAUACAGAUUUAUCACGAAUUUUAGAUGAUCAUCGCAUCGUUUUCUUUCUGUGGUCCCUUUGUCCUUGACCCAAUCUUAAGUGAUCUGGCAGCUCUUUUAUUUUAUCGAAAAGAAUGACGAAACAUUAAAGAACAUUUUCAGUAUAAUGAGAAUCGGCUUCGGGUGUAUUCGUUCGAUGCACCUCACAGAGAACUAGUUUGCUCGAUCACGGCAGUGAUAAAUAAUAUAUAACCAGUAAAAAGAGGUAAACCGAGAUAGAAAAACAUAUCGAUGCACGACGUGUUUGUAAUAUAUUUUGCAUGUUUUGUAUUCUGUUUCCAAGUCUCCAGUGGACACUGAAAAUAGAAUCGUCAGAACUCUGAUUUUCUCAGGUCACUGAAUGUGACGACCAGGUAGCAAUCUUAUGGUUUUUUUACGUAAUUUCCGAAACCAAUACUCCAGAAUGAGAACUAGCUUUUUUACCUUAGCCGUUCCACGAUUUUUUUCGCCAUCCUCUCCUCUCGCAGCUGUACAAUUUCUUCUAAUUCAGUUUGGAGAAUUAAAGGUAUGUUAUUAUUACACCCCCCAAGUUGAUUGAAAAUUGAACAGGCGAAAAUUUAACUGAAGAUUGGUAUCUAGGGGAAUGUACAUGAUAGUCUGAGUGCCAAAGGCUAAAGAGAAAUACACAUUAUGCUGGGACAGGAAAUAGCUAUCUCCAAGCAUUAUUCCUUUAAAUGGCCUGUAGGGAAGGCUCUGCUUCAAAGGGUACUUUUUUUUUUUUUAGGCUUACACUACUCAAAGGGAGUAGGAAAAAUAUCAUUUAGGCACUCAUGAGGGCUUCAGAUUUUCUCCAGAAAUAUCGUUAAUAUGCGUCAUUCGAAGGGCUCUGAAUCGAAAAGAAGUCAUACGAAAGCACUCAUCUUUUCGGCCGAAUUGGUAUUUAAAAAGGGGACCAUCGGGGCGAUGGUCAGUACUUUUGUAAGGGGACCAUGCAGUACCUUUGUAAGGGGACCAUGCAGUACUUUUGUAGAGUACCUCGCUUCCCCAUUUCCUCUUUCUUCCCCCUUCCGCGUAAGGGUUUUAAGAGGGAAGGUUAGUUUUCUCCAGACAUAAGUUACGACGGGAUUCCUAAUACUAAGAAACACUUUUUUGGAAUAAAUAGUGACAAUUAAAUCCCAAACCUUUUGUUAUAGAAAUGUUGACAUUCAAGUGAGAAAUACGUACUUAAGUUUAUACAGAUAGGUAGUUCAGAUUUAAAAUGACACGAUCGCAGUUUUAAGGGCAUCAUAUGCAUGUAAGUUUAAUUCAAUGAUCAAUGAUUCAUCUAUUUAUAGUGACUGUUGUUAUUGAUAUCAGUCUGGAAGGACUUUAAAAUAUUGUGACUUUUGACUCAGUAGUAACUUAAUAAAUUUGUUAUGUGGA